UGGCAAAACCACUUCUUAAGAGCUCUCUGGCAUGAUGUGGAGUUUUGAACAGAAGUGCUUUUUUUGUGGAUUGGACAAUCCUUUGUCAGACUGUGCAACAUCAGGGUGUGUGGAUGCUCACUAUGUAUUUAUAUUUUCAGGGACCAAAGCCUUUUCUCUCUCUGCUAAGUAGGGAUAUUUUGAGCAGGAAUUAGGCAGUUACAGAUUUUUAUGCAGACAUAAAACUCCCCAUAAAAUAAAGCAUUUUGCUUUAAAUCAAAGAGUAGCUUGGUGGAGGCCAUCAAGGUCAACAAAUUCAUCAGGCAGACUUGUUCAGGAACUCUCUGGAGCUGGAAGUCAGGCAUGUUCUCAGCAUUUUGCCCUAAUAAGACUGCUCAGUUUCUUAAAGAAUGGAAACAGCUGUUAAUCACCACCUGCUGGGGCUGUUGUCCUUGGGCAGCUGUCUUUUUAUCAUUCCAAACCUCACAAUGCUACUGGUUUUCCCUCUUCCACUCAGCAGAGCAAUGGCUCACCUUUGAUCAGGUCCAUUUCUGAAGAGUCUGAAUGUGAAUCUUAAUUUAGGUUAAUUUAGGUUAUCCAAUCUCAGAGUUAACACCCCAGCUUUAUUAGGAUUGCUCAGGUGCCAAAAGCAAAAGAAUAAUGCUGAAGCAUCACACUUUUAUAGAUGCUUUUAAGAAACAGCUUCACACCCCAUCUUUCUUGGCUUGCUCAUGUCCCAAAUGCAGUGCUGCGGGAAAUGUGCUGGACAGGGCUCCUUGUCAAAUGGCUCUGCACUGAUGAGGGCUGGGAAUCCUGCAAGGGGAGCUUUACAAACACAAUCCUGUCUUUGUAUCCCAGGGGAUUGUUGACAGGGUGAUCUGCCAUGAUAAGAUGCCUGAUCUUUCCUAACAGUGGAAGGCUCUGGCCAAAUCAUUUUCUGUUUGAGUGGACAGAAAAAGGAGAGAAGAACACAGUGCUGGACACACUCCUGCACACACUUUUGUGUAUGUGGAGGCAAGGAGAAGGCAGUACAAGUUGACAGAAUACCUUUUAUCCAUAUUAUUCCCAUAAUCCAAGUUUUACUUAAGCCCAGGAGUAAGCCAGGUGCCCUUGCUGCAUGCCCUAUGCAAACAGAUGCUCAACUGGCUGCUGUAUUAUUUUGCCUGGAGCUCCCAGAAAAAAUAAAGCUUUAGUUUUUCCCAAGCAGGUUGCCAAAUUAUUAUUAAAUGCACUCCCUCAACACCCUGGAGCAAGCAGUACAGUCUGUGACAUAAAGUAAGCACACUGGAGGUAACUGCAAGGCUCUCUGCUGGUAGCUCCUGCUUUCAGGAGCUGGAGACCUCAGCUUUACAGCAGCAACAUAACCAAGAGCAGUAAAACCUUUCUGUUUCAUACUCACACACACACAACUUUGGAAGAGAACCUCUGAUUAAAAGCUGUGCAAUUGAAAGGGUGAUUUGACAGGGUACUGAAGGUACUGAAGUUGGCCAUGCUAAGGAAUGCCUGUUAUUAAAAAUGGAAGAUAGUUAAGGUAGAGCAUUGAGAAAAACUUAGUAAGAUGACACGGAGAGACUCACCAGUUGCUCUACUUUUGGAAGAGAGAUAGGAAGUACAGUAUAGGACUGAAGGCAGCUGCAGAGUAGAAGGUUUUGAAGAGAAAAGGAGCUGCAGAGCUGCUGCAUUGCCUCGUGUACAACAGCAAGAUGAGCAAAUCAAGUGCAAAUGUGAAGUAUACACUGAAAUUAUUCUUUUGCAGGCUUUUGGAAGAAGCCUAUGUAAUGAAGGAUCCUUUCACCCUUGACAAGAACACGUUUCUCAUCAUUAAGUCUCAUUGCAGUUUGUGUAGCAGAGCAGUGUGUGUUGAUAUAAACUGUAGUCUGUUCUACUCCAAAAGUUUCUCCCUCCCCUGUGUGAAGGAAAGCCUAAAGGCCUUUCCUUUGGAAAUACAAGAAGACAUGGAUAAAAGGAAGCCCCAGCAGAAAUCCUGCAAAAAAACGGAUACAAAGCAUAAAUCUUGAAGAUCCAAGAGCGACAGUUCUUUGGCUGGGGUUUCUCCUCUCUCUGCUUGGAGACUAUCAUGUUGCUCCUUUUAAAGAAGUGACCUUCAUCAGCUCACUACUACUGGAGAGAGCAGCACAUUUCCUUGCCCUGGCUGGGGUUCAGACAUCCCCGUGCAGCGCCCGCUGCGCCAGGGAGCAGCUCCGAGCUGCUGAGGAGCCAGAAGAGAAGGCAGAUGAGCCUGCUGUCACCAUGUGGAAUGCUUGCAGGAAAAAACCAAACAGCACAGAGCAUAGGAGCCGUGUCCAGAUUUCCACCUUUGCUAUUUUAGUGCCUUGUGUUGUUCUUGACACUCCCUACAGUGUUACAAAAUUCCAAAACAGAUUGAUCUGGCUUACUUCAGCCUAUACCCAAGAAAGUCAGUGUACACCAAUUGUUAAUCUGGCAGUGCUGUCCUGUAAGAUUACAUGAGGCAGGGAAUUUAAAGCUUUAUUUUUAAGUCUAAAAUAAAAGUGCAGUGAGAAAAUGUCCUAAAUAUAAUACCUACAUUUCUCAAUAUGGUAAUCUUAAUGC